AGGUUCCCUUUCUUGUUGCCUUGCAUUUCAUUCAUCCUCGCCACUGUCAAAUUCGAUCCUUCAAUAUCACCUUUACUUUCUGAUAAAAAUUUUGAACGCUGCUCCUGAUAACCAGGAAAUGGAGAAGUCAUCAGGAUAUGAAUACGAAGUAUUUUUAAGCUUUAGAGGACCAGAUACCCGCAGCGACUUUACUGAUUACCUUUACAUCAGCAUGAUUGACGCUGGAAUUCGGGCAUAUAAAGAUGAUGAAGAGCUCCGCAUCGGGGAAGAGAUCGGCAGUCAGCUUCUCCACGCAAUUGAGCAGUCAAAGAUCUCCAUACCAAUCUUCUCUAAAGGAUAUGCUGAUAGUACAUGGUGCCUUGGGGAGUUGCUCAAGAUGGUGGAGAGCAAGAACACAAGGAGACAUAAGAUCAUGCCCAUUUUCUAUGAUGUUGCACCAUCCGAGGUAAAAUACCAAACUAACCACUAUGGCAAUGCCAUUGUUUCUCAUGCAAACAAGAAGCGAUUCAAUGAUGAGACUAUCAAUAAGUGGAAGGCUGCUCUCAAUGAGGUAGGAGCACUAAAGGGAUGGAACCUCCAAAGCAUGCCAAACAGAGGCAAAGGUGAAUUUGCAAAAGAAGUUGUCAAUAAUGUUUUGACUGAAUUGAAAGCCGCCUACUUGGAAGUAUCUGAUUGCUUAGUCGAAGUAGACAAUCAUGCUGAUGAAAUCAUGAGGAUGAUAGGUACACACAAUGAUGAAACAAAUAUUGUUGGAAUUUAUGGUAUAGGUGGUGUGGGAAAGACAACUCUUGCCACAAUAGUGUACAAUAAACUUUCCAAUGAUUUUGUCAAUUAUUGCUUCAUUUCCAACAUCCGAGAAACAGAGAUUAAGCAUUUGCAAAAUCAGCUCAUAUCUAACAUCCUUAAGAAGAAAUGGCCACACAUCAAUGAUAUCAUGGAGGGGAAAAAGGUGAUAGAGGAAAGGUUAUGCUCUAAAAAAGUUCUUCUUCUACUUGAUGAUGUUGAUAAAGCAUUUCAACUUGAUGCGCUUGUGCAAAAGGGCGAGUGGUUUGGUAAGGGAAGCAAGAUUAUCAUUACCACUAGAUAUGAGGGAAUUCUUAAUGUGCCUACACUUGUUGAUGGGACUUACAAACUUACUUGCAUGGAUUUUGACCAUUCUCUUCAACUUUUUAGCAAGCAUGCCUUUAGAAGAGAUUAUCCUCUAGAGCAAUACAUCUCUCACUCUGAAAGAGCAAUAAAUAUUUGUGGUGGCCUUCCUUUAGCUCUUGAGAUCGUAGGUUCUCUUUUAUCUGGAAAAGAAGUAAAGGAGUGGGAUGCCAUAUUAAAGGAGCUAGAAAAAUUUCCUCAGGAAGAUGUUCAGAAGAAGUUGAUGAUAAGCAUCGAGGCAUUAAAUGAAGACCAAAAGAAAAUAUUUCUUGAUAUUGCUUGUUUUUUCAUUGGGUUUGAUAAAAGAAUUGUGAUCCACAUGUGGGAAAGUUGUGAAUUUCUUCCUCAUCAAUCCCUUGGAAUCCUCCAGCAACGAUCUUUAAUCAAGAUUAGAGAAGAUAAUCAACUAUGGAUGCAUGAUUGGUUAAGAGAUAUUGGAAGACAUUUUAUACAACAGGCAAGUGAUAAGAAACCAGAAAAGCAACAAUGGGUGUGGACUCAUACACAAGCAUCAGAGAUUAUGGAGAAAAUGCAGAUAGGAGGUAAUGUUUGUGGAAUUGAUAGUAUAGAAGCAAUAUGUCUCAAGCUUGAUGAAGUAUCUGAAUACUCCUUGAUUAAAGAAUGCCUUGCAAGGCUUUUCAAUCUAAGGUUCCUUCAAGUGGAUAGCAAAGACCUCGACGGAAAGACAAAGUCUUGCCUUACCCAAGUGGGUCAUUUCCUAUGUUAUCGAUGCUUGAAUUUUUUUCAUACCACAUUUGGCCCACUUAUCCUUCCAGAGUUGAGAUGGCUUUCAUGGAAUUACUUUCCUAUGAUUUUUAAGCUACCCAAUUUCUCUCCGAGGAAGCUAGUAAUCCUUGAUCUCUCAAUGAGUAAAAUCACAGAAAAAUGGAAUGGAUGGAGCCACAUCAAGUUGGCUAAGAAUUUGAAGGUCCUAAAUCUGACUGAAUGCCAGAAAUUACAGAAAACUCCAGAUUUUUCUUUUCAUGAGAAUUUAGAACGACUAAUUCUCGAAAGAUGCGAGAGUUUGGUUCAAAUUGAUCCAUCCAUCAGUCACCUUAAGAAGUUAGUCUUCUUAAACUUGAAGUAUUGUCAUAAUCUUCAAAAGCUACCAGAUGAGAUGGGGGCACUAGAAUCUUUAAUGGAACUUCUUCUAGACUAUACAUCAAUAGAAGAGAUUCCUGAAUGGAGAAGAAUGAAGAAAUUGGAAAUUCUUAGCUUGGACACAUGCACAUCACUGAGUAGAUUCAGUUUGGUUGGUUGCACAGCAUCAGCAACAAAGCUUUCAUUAGUGGAUAUCCAUCUUACUCAACUGCCAAAGUCAAUUGAAAAUUUCAAUUCACUAAUUGAGUUACAUCUAUCGGGAUCCAGAAUUGAGGAGUUACCUAAUUCAAUUGGUAACAUGAAGAAUUUGAAAGUACUCAAGAUGGGCAACAGCUUUGUUAAAAAACUACCUAGUGCCAUUGGAAUGUUAGAGAAGCUUGAAGAGCUAGAGGUGGGAGGUCCAUAUUUUGGAGGAGAAAUUCCUGGAAAUAUUGGGAAGUUACAAUUUCUAAGAAUCUUGGUAUUGAGAAGCACAAGAAUUUCAGUAGUGCCUCAACUUCCGGAAAGUCUUAUCACUCUACACUUUUAUACAUUCUCAAUGGAGAUGAUGCCCGACCUCUCGAACCUAUUAAAUUUGAGAACUUUGCAGUUGCGAGUUUUUUAUGCGGGUCCUUCUAAACUUGAAGAAUCUCCAAGUCCUUGGUGGAUUGGAAGAUUACGCAUGCUCAAUUUCUUGGAUUUGUAUACUUCUCGUAUCACCAGCCUACCUUCUGAUGUUGUUUUCCUUUCUAAGCUAAAGCAACUUCUUCUCCGGUGCCGUAAUUUGCAAUGCCUACCUAGGUUGCCGACAAAUUUGUCAUAUUUAGGCAUUAAGUUUUGCAAGAGAAUAAAAACAACCAAUGAUCUUUCGAAUUUGAAAGCAUUAUUGAAUCUGGAAAUUCUUGAUUGUGAAGAGCUCAUAGAGAUUCAAGGCAUUGAAGGUUUGGAGAACUUGAGAACAUUAAAGCUCUCGACACUUCCAUCAUUGGCGAAGUUGCUUGAUCUGACUAACUUGAAGAAGCUCAAGAAAAUUGAUCUAAAUGAUUGUACUAAUCUGUUAGAGAUUCAAGGGAGUCCAGAAUCGUUGGAGAUACUUGACAUUACAAAGUGUUUCAAACUACAAAGGUUGCCAGAUCGAUCAAGCUUCAAGAAUAUAAGAGUUUGGUAUAUAAACGCACCCGAGAGAGAGAUUGGUUUUGACUAAUGUUGCCAUCUGGUGUGUGUUUUUAGGCAUUUACAUCUGUAAGGGACUUUUUGUUUAUGUUAAGUAUUAGAGAUUCUGGAGAAAUGGCUUAUAAUUCAUGUUGGUAUGCACCCUAUGUUAGAUACCCAUUUUCAAUUCAUAAUGUCUAGGGCCCAU